UUAAAUAGACCAAUCAGAAAAAAAUGGACAAAAUUUACGAUCAAAUGACUUUACGAUCAAAGUUAGGCAAAUCGAAAAAUUAGCCUAAGCAUACUUUAUAUUUUUUUAAAUGAUUAAUAGAAAUAUUUUUUAGAUUUUUAAUAAAUCUAAAAUGAGUCAGUCUUAAUUUUAAUUUUAUUGGAUCAACAUUAGUGUUCUUAAACGGCCGAUUUGGGUCUACUUUUAAAAACGGUCGAUUAAGAUUUUGGCCAUAAUAAUAUGUAAGAUUCGAGAUGAAAGUCCAAAAUUUUCCUACUGCGCAAAAUAUUCAGGCUUACAUAAUAUUGGCUAAUAAUCAAAAUACCUUAUAAUGUGGUAAAUUGGUCCAGCAAGGAAGUGGUUAUAAAUAUUGGUUAUUAAUUUUUUUAAAAUAUUAUUAAAUUUUUAAUUGAUAUCACAUAUUUAGUAAAUAAAAGAUAUUUGUAAAAAAAUGAAGAAAUAAUUAAUAGGACCAACAUUUAAAAUGACUUCUAUUUAAUGAUCCUUUUUUUAUACCAAUAAAUUUAUAAUAAAUUGCAACUGUAAUAUAUAAGCGCCGAAUUGUCGCCGCGCUAAAGUGAUUAUGACUAUGGGCCAAACUGACGUGGAACCAUAUAAAUUAGGAAAUUUAAAGGGGAAAAUAAAAAAUACCUUUAUUGUUCUUUAUUCAUUAUAAUAUCGUUUUACGUAGCACAAUUAGAUGAAUGUAUAAUUCUUUGCUUAUGUUUAUAUACAAUAAACGUAUGAUUCACAUUAGAAAUUGGUUCAUCUGAUUGUAUAAUAACAGGAAUAUUUAACCUUAUAAUAAAUGAUCAAUAUAAAUGAAACCUUUAUAAAUAUUGAAUUAUUGAAAAUAACAUAUUAAUUUUGGAUAAAUAUAACCCCGGCCUGAAUAUUUAAAAAAAAUUUAAGGCGCUGUCCUUUUAUAUUACAAAAAAUAAAAUAAGGCCCGACUCGUGUACCCGGACCGGACUUAGGCUUGGGCCUACAUCUCUGAUUUAAAUAUAAAUACAAUUAAUAUAAACAAUUUUUAUAUUUAAAUAGGAAAUUACUCUGCAAAGAAUGUAAAAAAGUUAUCAAUUCUGACGCAUGUAUUUGCAAGACCUGUGAUACAUGGGUUCAUAAGUGUUGCCUCAGUGUACCUGAUAAAUCUUAUAGAACUUGGGCUUUAUUACAAGCACCAUAUUUUUGCAGAUAUUGUUAUAAAAUAGAAGACUCAUUUAUGAGAUUAAAAAUAUCCCCUGAUGUAUCAACGUCUAACAAUGAAUUAGCCUUAAUUAGCAUGUACUACAAGCAUCCCUCUCGUGAAAAUGAUAAUCAAUAUGUAGGGAAAUUAGAUAAAAUUUCUAAAAAAUUGCUUGAAGCUCUUCGCCCGGAACUACUUAAAAGGUAUUCACCUAGGUCUUGCAUAGGAGAUGGAAACUGCUGCUAUAGAGCGCUUUCAUUGGCAAUUUAUGGUGAUGAAAUUCAUCAUUUAUAUAUAAGAUGCGUAACUGCCAUAGAAAUGAUACUUUAUAAGUCAACAUACGAUAUAAAUUCUGCCCUAUAUAUAUUAAGCAAAAAAUACAAUGACCUAAAUAUUUGGGACACUAUUUAUGAUCAAUUAUUAAAGGACGUUUUGACGCCGAUUGAAGGGUGGGCCGAGAUGGCUCAUUUAUAUGCUGCAAGCGCAGCUUUACAGAUAGGAAUUGGGUCCUAUCACUUAAAUGAAAUGAUUGUUGCUCAUGAAACCAAAGAUAAUAAUCCAUAUAAUCGUGAGGUUUAUGGAAGAUCUGUACCUAUAUGGCAACCAGUGGGCAUUAAUAUUUUAUGGACAAAAACCUCAAUAGGGAUAAUGCUAUGUAAUCAUAUAAUAUAUCUGCAACCUGUAUGUAAGACAUAUAGGGUAAAGAAUGAUGAUAAAGAUAUUUUGGAUAUCGAAUGUGAUAAAUAUAUAUAUGACCAUACUUAUUAUGAUUUUCAAAAGUCUCCACCAACACUCUCUGAUGAUGGUUCAUAUAUUUCGAGCGAAGAAUUUGAUUUCUUAGGUAUAUAUCCAUUUAAAAAAAAUGAUAAUAAAACCGUGGUUAAAUCGAUACCAUAUAAUAUUACCAAUAAUUUGAAAACAUCACAAGCAAAUGAAUUUAAUGAAGAAAUAUUAAAAGAUUACUCAGAUAUUUCAGAUGAGGAUUUAUUGAAAAUAAUAAAAACAGAUAUAUUAGAUAUAUAUUAUAUAUCAUAUAUUUCACUUGAACAAUCUGUGAAGUAUAUAGAUAUUGUUCCAAUAUAUCCAUAUAAAGUCGAUUUGACAGAUAUAAAGGAUAUUAAAUCGGAAAGGAUAUACGAUGACUAUGAUUAUGAAUUGCCGUCACCAAGAUUGUGGAAUAAUAAAAGAAUAAUACAUUCCACGCCUAUAAAAGAUAAAAAUUUAGUGGCUUUUACCGCUAAUAUAUCCGAUAUUUUAAAUGAAGAUCUUGUGAAAUAUUCAGAUAUCCUUUCUAAAGGUUUACAUAAAAAAGAAGAAUUAUUAAAUAAGUCUUUUGAAGAUAUGAAGGUUAAUAAGCUAAUAAAGCAUGAUUCCCUAGAUGAUAACUGUAUUGAUAGUGUAAUAUACACUAAGAAUCAUUGUAAAGGAUUUACAUACAAUGAAUUAUUGAAUAUGUUAUUGAAACCAGAAAAUAUUCUAGAAUCAAUUCCACAAGGGACUAAAAAUAAUACUUUUUUUAUUGUAAACAAUAGUAUUAAUUUAAAAAUGAAUAAGGAUGGUUUAAAAAGUUGUUUCCCCGAUGAUUGUGGAGCAUGGACAGGUAAAAAAACGGGUGGUAGUAACCGUUAUUUUGAUUUAGAAAAUGGCGAAAGAAAAGGUCCAUAUAUAAUGAUAGAUAAAGUAUUUUACAUAUUAAGAAAAAUACAUAAUUCUAAUCAUAGAUGUACUAUAAACCCUCAACCUAAUUUAAAUAAUGUAGUUUGCUUAUGUCAAUAUAGUUGUACAUUAAAAAAGGAUCUAAAAUAUAGAAAAAAAAUAUCAUAUUUGAAGAUAUUGCAAGAUGAAAGUUCUUUGAAAAUAGAACCUACUUUUUUAGUAGAAUACAUAGGAAUAUAUCCUGGUAAACUGAGGCAUGGGAAUAGGAAAUAUGAGAAUAUUAUAUAUAUUCGUACGCCUCCUAGCGUUAUAAAGAAAAUUAAAAAGGUUGUUAUAGAUAAACCUACAAGAAAAAUUUACAAGGAAUUUAUAGUUUCAAAAGAUAUAUAUAAUAUACCAAGAAAUACAAAACAAAUAAGAAACUUAAAAUAUAACGAAUUGCACAAAAAUGAUACCGAUUAUAGUAGCAAUUUCGCAGAUCAAGUUCUGUUAAUUUUAAAUAAUAUAAAUGAUUAUCCGAUAAUCAAAAAUAUAUGUAUAAGACCUGAUAAAGUUAUAGCUAUAGUACUUUAUACUCGUUUAAUGCUUGAAAAUAUAAAAUUUUGUUGUACGGGAAAGCAACGAAGUAUUCUUAGCGUUGAUAAAACCUACAAUUUAAGCGAACUCUUUGUGACGCCUACUGUGUUCAAGCAUAUAGCUCUUUGUAAAACGGGGUUGAAAGAUAAAGUACAUCCAUUAUUUUUCGGUCCAAUAUUUUUGCACGGUAAUUCAGAUUACCGGACAUAUAAUAUAUUUUUUUCUGAGCUACAGGGUGUUUUUAAAAAGCACCAAAUUAAUGUGGAGAAUAUUAUUUUCGGAUCCGACGAAGAAUUUGCCAUGGUUUCGGCUUUACGUAAAAAUUUUAAUACUUCCAAACAUUUAUUAUGCACACUUCACAUGAGGAGAAAUUUGUCAAUCUCUUUGAAAAAUAGUCAAGGGGUCCCUAUGAGAUUAAGAGAAUAUAUAAGUAAUAUGAUUUUUGGUGAAAAUGGAAUAAUAUAUUCCACUGAUGACAUUAUGUUUAGAAAAAAAAUGUUAAAAUUUCGAAAUAUUUGCAUAGUUAAUAAAUAUGAUAAAUUUCUUAAGAAUAUGUUUAAAAGUUUCGAAAAAAAACUUUAUGAAUACGUGUAUAUACCUUUAAAGAACAAGUUUAUAUCACAAGUUUAUACUAAUAACAACAGUGAAUCAAUGAAUAGUGUCCUAAAGAUGAUGAUAAAAAAGGUUGUUCCUUUGCAUACAUUAAUAACCAUUAUAUCCGACCAAGUCUUUUACUAUGAAAAAGAAUUAGAACGAGCAGUAAUUGGACUAGGAGAUUAUUAUAUCGAUUGUGAUUUAAGUAAACAUGAUAGGGUAUCCCUUUUAAAAUUUGUAAAGGAAUCUACAGCUGAAGUAGGUUCAAAUAAUCAUAAAUCAACAACAAUCUCUAAAUAUAUUACAUCGUCAUAUGGUAAAAUAACGCUGAUGAGACCUAAAGGUUCGAAAAAACUAUCUCAAUUUAGAAGAUCUAGAAAAUUUUAAAAAAAAUUAUAAAGUUUAUUAAAUAAUAUGGCGUGAAGGAUCACGAAAAACAUAUGUGCUUUUGAUGGCGUGAUAGAUCAUGAGGAGAUAAAAUAAAUAAUUUAUGGCGAGAAAGGUCAUUAAAGCACUAAAAUGUAUUCUAUGACGAGAUCGAAUAUGGGACACCAAAUUAAUGCUUUUAUUGGGGAUAAAAACUAUGAGGAGACAAAGAUUUACAUAGUUUCGAUAUCUGUCGAUUGACCCUCGCAUUAUGGCAAUUAAAUCUUGAAAUGUGAUGAAGGCACGAUAUAUAUGUCCAUACCGAUAAAAGUCAUAGGGACAUAAAAUAAGUGAUUUGAAUGUGAAAAAAAUUAUGAGGGGAAAAAGGCCACCGUAGAUAGUUAUGUAGCACUGAUAAAUUAAUAUGGUACUAACGAUGAUGAAUGAUCGACAAAGAAUAUUAGAGGGAAUUGAUAUAUGAAUCUAAGCGUAAUUCGGAUCUACCUACCCGAGCUUCGAAUAAGACAAAAGGAUUUAUGCCUCGUAUGAAAAUUUCGUAUGGAGUUAAAAAGGUUCCCAGCAUGAUGAUCAAAACAACUUAUUAAAUAUUUUACUAUUUUAGUUAUGUAAUUUUUUGAAAAUUAAUGAAUGUAUAUUUUGUAAAUUUAUGAACUAAAUUAAUUAUUUAUAAUAAAUAUAUAUAUUUAAAAAAUAAUGGGUCAAUAAUUAUGUUAUUUUCUAAAUAUAUAUUUACAUUUUUUUUAUUCUUAUAUGUUGAAAUUGUAAAAUAAAUAACCUAAUUAAUAUCUAAAUAGUCUUUUUUUUUUGAUAUAUAGAGAGGAUUAUGUCUAUAAAUGAUCAAAAUUGU